AUGUGAGAUAGUCAGCAGGUGUGAGUGCUAAAAGGUGGUCUAUAUCUCUAUUGUGCUAAGGUGCUAAAGAAUCUUCGUGUGGUUAGAGGCGGAAAACUUUUCAAUAUGACUCGUAAAAUAUUUGUGAAUUUUGGAAUAUUCUGCGUUAUUCUCGCACUUUCCCACAAGUCAGUUCUCAGUGCACCUGAGCUCAGUUUUCAGGAUCGUGUGACAUCUGGAAUAAAGUUGGGUGUUGAAAAGGGGAUUGAUAUAGUUAAAAAUGCUCCACAGUUUAUACCAACGCCAAAGGAAUUGGGUGAUAUGGGCAAGGAGGCUCUAUUUGGACUACCAGCUAGUGUUCUGUUGGAUGGUAUUAAUUCAUUCUGCUCAUUGGCACUUGCCACGGACAACAAUCUGAGUCGAGAUGAGAAGGACAAGCCAGACUAUAGAAACUUGAGUAUGAUUCUCUAUGAUGACAAGGAAAAUGCUUCAUUUGCCUUGACCGAUAUGGAAAAACUUGUGCAGCAUCCUUCAUUUAACAGAAAUGCUCCUGUUGUUGUCCUGAUAACUGGAUGGCUUUCCAAUAAGGAAAAUUCUACCAAUGAAGCUGCAGAGACCAUCUAUAGUGCAUACAAGUGUCGAGGAACACACAAUUUCCUUUUAGUGGAUACUGCCGAUUAUGUCGCUACCUUGUACACCUGGUCAGCCCUGAAUACGGAAGACAUAGGAGCAAUCUUGGCACCAGCCAUCAAUGUUCUCACCAAGUACAUUGAUCUAAGUCAAAUUCACGUAAUGGGACAUAGCUUGGGAGCUCAUAUCGCCGGCGCCACUGGUAGAUACUUUCAGGAUUUAACAGACAAAUCCCUACCCCGAAUUACUGGUUUGGAUCCAGCACGUCCGUGCUUCAACCAGGGUGAAGCAUUAUCUGGUCUUGGUCGUGGUGAUGCUGAUUUAGUUGAUAUCAUUCAUUCAAAUUCCGACGGUUUGGGGAAGAAGGAGCCAAUUGGUGAUGUUGAUUUCUAUCCAAAUGGUGUAAAAGUCCUGAUGCCUGGAUGCUUCGACAUAUCCUGUUCACACGGUAUGGCAUGGAGAUACUAUGCCGAGAGUGUACUCCCUGGCAAUGAAAAAGCUUUUCUGGCUACACGAUGCAACUCUCUGAAAUCCUACUCUCAGAAAAAAUGCAAUUACAAACCCAUACCAAUGGGGUAUGCCACACCAGCGACAGCCAAAGGAAAUUACUUCCUGGAGACUAAUUCAGAGACGCCAUAUGGGAAGGAUUCCGUCAAACAGAAUAAUUGCCAAUCUACCAAAUAAGUUGUACAUUUUCACGUUCAUGCAUCUUCAAAUUUUAUAACAGUGCAAGUGGUAAUAAAAGAGAAUUGUAAAAUUAA